GCGGUUUGAGCUUGAGGGCAACGUGACGGUUUGUCUCUACCCCUGAUUAUGAAAACAUUUAUAUAACAGAUUAAUCUCAGGCCCUACGGUCUACAUAUCCACAGAAUAUUCGCCUCACUCAAGAAAGACAAGCAAUCAUCCUCCCAAAGCACAACCAUGGCAAACAUUGACAAACGCACCGGCACCGACGCCAAAGUAUCCGUGGAGAUUGAUCCAUCGGCGCCCGGCACAAUUGUCCGAAUUAUAUUGGCCGCCGAAUCAGUCCUCAACGUCUUCAUGGCCAUUCCUAUGAUAUUCGACGCGAAAGAAGCCUUAGGACGAAUGUACUUAAGCGAUGGCAAGUCUGUGGCGCCUCACGCUGCCUCUAUCUUCCAACUGUUCGGCAUCAGCCUGGCCGCCAUGACGGUCCCGAUGGUGCUUGCGAUCCCGAAUAAAGUUGGGGCGAUAGAGACGAGGCGGACCACGUACCAGAUGUUAGCCUCGUUUGAGGCUUUGGCUCUCCCGCUCUCGUUUUGGCAGGCGUGGGUUGCGGGGGAGGCGGGUAGCGGGCUUAAUCCCAGCAAGGUGAUUUGGGGCCUUGGGCUGGGGAUGGGGGUCGCGUUGGGGUUUAGGGCCUGGGUGUUGUUUGUGAAGCCGGAGUGGAUGGGGAAAUAUAGGGCGAAGAGGGUGGACUGAGGGAAGUUCGCUGAUGGAUUCAGCUACAUGGGAUAGUUAUUCUAGUAGCUGUUCUUGUCCGCUUCAACGACAAUUGCUUGCAAGGGAAGAGCGGAUGUAACAUAUGAUUCUAUGAGUGUGUUGUCGUCAGACGGAAGAGGCAGGUCCAGCCGGGAUCACUAAGGAGGUCAGGGUCAAUGGAGGAAAAAGCCUGCAUGCUCUCCAGACGGCAAUUUGGUGGUAGAUCUUCCGAGACAUAACCAACAGCCCG